AUGUUUGUGCGUCUCCAGCGGACGGGAGCACGGAGCGUCUCCCUGAUUGGAUUAACUUCAGAUGCGCUGUGUGUCCGCCUCUAUUACCCGGCCUGUUGUGAUAUUGAACCUAGAGCCCAGAGACGCUCCCCUCCUCCCUACGCUGGUCCCGCCACUGUGUCCCACCCUCCCCGAAGGCCUGCUUGUUCCUUCGCCACGCCAUCUCCCUUGUAUCGCCCCGUGCCAGACUGUCACACACACGCACAUAUGCCUCGGCUCACACUUCCAGCUCAGUCAUAUCCCAUGUGUCGCGGCGGCGUGAUGGAAUGCCUUGCAGAAGCCCCUCCACGCCGCCCUCCGUCCCCUCGGCCCCCUUUCUCCCUGCUUUAG